AUGAGUUAUAUGUGUUUAUUUUCUACACAGCAUUUUUUCUCUGAAUUAAGGAUACUAAGAUCACAUUUAAAGUGUUUUUUUCCAAAUGAAAAGCAGAUAUGUACCUUCUUUUCUUUAUAUUCGUGCAAAAAAAGUGCAUAUAUAAGUAAAACAUCUAGAUUUUUGAAAAGUAGAAGGAAAACUGUGCAAAAGACAAGGAAAAUAGACCCAUAUGGAAGUUUUAAGAAACUGGUACGGUUAAGAAUUGAGUAUUUUAAGCAUAUUCGUCUUUUUGAAAAUUUGAUUGAGACAAAAUACUCUAUGCAGAAAGAAGUACAGGAAUUACCGCAUCUUUUCCGCAAAAUCUUAAUGAAACUUUUGGUAGAUCCAAGGAAAUUUGAAAAUAUGGAUGGUUAUCCUAAUAUUCGUGAUUUAAGGUCAGCUUAUUCACUAGAAAGCGUGCAUGGACUUGAUAAAGCAUUAAAAAAAAGUUUUUUAACAUUUUUAAUGGUUAAAAAACUAAGUGUACCUGAAAUCAACCGUCAGAAAUCUAUAUCGGAUAUGAGAUAUCCAUCUGAAUGGUUUCCUAAUGCAAGGGCUAUAGAACGUAGCUGGUAUUUACAUAUUGGUCCUACGAAUAGUGGAAAAACUUAUCAAGCGUUAAAAAAGUUAGAAAAAGCACGUUCUGGAUGGUUUGCAGGGCCUUUAAGACUUCUUGCUCAUGAAAUAUUUGAUAAGAUGAUGAAAAAAGGUAUCGUUUGUAAUUUAAUUACAGGCGAAGAACAAAAAAUUAUAGAUAAAAAUGCUGCUCUUCAUAUUUCUACAGUGGAAAUGGUCAAUCUUGAUAAGUUAAUGGAUAUAAUUGUAAUAGAUGAAGUUCAAAUGAUUGCAGAUCCUCAUCGAGGAUGGGCGUGGACUCAGGUUCUUCUUGGUGUACAGGCAUCUGAGAUACAUCUUUGUGGAGAAGAAAGUUCAGUUGAACUUAUUUUAAAAAUUGCAAAAAGUAUGGGAGAAAAGGUUAAGAUAUAUCACUAUAAACGUUUAAAUCCUUUAGAACCUUUAAAGCAAAGUCUUUAUGGUGAUUUAACUAAAGUUGAGUCAGGAGAUUGUAUUGUUACAUUUUCUAGGAGGGAUAUAUUUUCACUUAAGAAAAAAAUAGAAGAAAAAACAGGUCAACGUUGUGCAGUUGCAUAUGGUGGGCUUCCUCCUGAAACAAGGAAUGAGCAAGCUCGUCUUUUUAAUGAUCCCAAUAAUGAUUAUCAUGUCUUAGUUGCAUCUGAUGCUAUUGGUAUGGGUUUAAAUUUAAAUAUUCGUAGAAUAAUUUUUGAAAGGUUAAAAAAAUGGAAUGGCAUUAAACAUUUACCGAUUCCUGUAUCUCAAAUAAAACAAAUUGCAGGUCGUGCUGGACGAUAUAAAUUUAUUCCAACACAAAAUGCCUCUGAAUCUUCAGCUGCAAAAGGUUACGUUACGUCUUUACAACAAAAAGAUAUAAAAUCAUUACAUAUUGCACUUUCACAACCUAUUCAAAUGUUAAAAAAAGCUAGUCUUUUUCCUCCAUUGCAUAUUCAAGAAUCUUUUGCUUCUUUUUUUCAACCUGGAACAUCUUUGUCGUUGAUUAUUAAAAGACUUAAGCAGUUAUCGAAGACAACUGGCUUUUAUAUUAUAUCUGAUACAACACAACAACAAAAUAUACUCGAAUUAUUAGAACAAAUAAAUAAUUUAACUGUAUCUGAAAGAUUAAUUUUAUCAGCUGCACCAGUUAAUCUUAAAGAUUCUGGUGUAAAAAGUGCAUUUUUGGCGUUUGCUACAAUAAUUGGUUUAGGAAAGCCAAAAAAUAUUCUUGAAAUACCUGAAGUUGAUUUAGAAUGUUUGGAUUUUGAAUUUGAUUUAGAAUUAAAGCAACUAGAGCGUUUAGAGACAUUACAUAAAACACUUUUACUUUUUCUAUGGUUAUCGACUAGAUUUCCAUCUAUUUUACUUUCAGGACCAGAAUGUCAGGACAUCAAAAAGGAAUGUGAACAUUAUAUUAAUAAAAACUUAAGUAAAAUUAAUUACGUUCAUGGAUAG